UUUGUAUUUGAAAAUGCAAUUCAAAGCGGAAUGACGUUACGUCCUGUUACUUAUAUAAAGGAAAUUGUAUUAGUAUACAGCGGAAAUUCUCGUGAAUUUUACGUACAUUCAGUCUAGCGAUGUAAAUAUUGCUAUCAUGGACAUGGAGGAAGGUGAAAACUGGCCCACUGGUACGUAAAAUACGACUAUGGAGGAAGAGAGUGCUAUAGGGGAGAACUGCCUGGAGUCGUGCUAUAAACGAUGCUUUGGCUACGGUCAGCAUGAUCUACAAACUAAAGAUUCAAAGCGCGACAGAUUUGCCAGUGGCUGUGAGCAAUGUUGUGUUCGGACCUUUUCUUGUAUCUGCUGUUUGCCUUGUUACGAUGCUGUAUGUGAACGCUGUUUGAAACACAAUUUCUGCUACCAGUGUCUGCACUGCUCUUGUUUCUAUAGCGAGGAGAAGGUCUUGCCUGACUGUGAUACCACCCCAGGGCUAGUACGUCAAACCUCCACCAAGAGCUUGCAGGAUAAAUACGUUAGUCCCUGUGCCGCCUCCAAUUUCAGUAUUCUAGAACAACCAGGGGCAAGCAAUGCAAUGGCGAACAAGGACUCAGCCUUUGUGAACCCUGCAUUUAAAACAAGUGCUCUACAGAAGUCCCAAAGCGACGGAAAAUUAAUCGUAAAAGCUGUCACCCACCAACCUCCCAGGCUUUCCUUACUCAUCUCCAAAAAGAAUCCGUAUCAACAAAUGCGCGACAGCAUGCGUGACAGCACUGAAAGGAUUACGGAGGGAAAAGAGUCCGAAGCUCCGGAGAAAGAGGACAAGGGAGAGCCUGAUGAGGAUGAAGAGGGAACUGAGGCGGAGGAGGUAGAGAUACACGUGACCCUGGGAGAUACAGGGGAAGAAGAAGUGAAUACAGCGAAAAUAGAACCGGGACCGUCAGAUCUCAACACGAACGUCUUCAUUAAGGACUUCCGGCAGACAACCGUCUGAUGAGGGGCCAUUCUAGGCUGUCUUGUUUAUGUAUUGUAUUUGUAGUUGUCUGAGAGUAAGCAUAAUGGAACGUUUAUUUAUUUGCUGUUCGAUGAGGCUUUAUUGAGGCAUGUAUUACUAGGAAUUCUUUUUUGAGCAGA